AUGGCCUCGCUGCGCCGGGCCAGCCCCAGGCUGAGGAAAUACUUCAGGGAGAACUACAUUCCUCAGGUCUGCGAGGCUCUGUUAUGUGGUCUACUUGUUACAUGUCCUGAGGAUCCUCUGAGGUAUUUAGAGGAAAUGAUCAUUGGAAUAAUGGAAAACGGUCUUGAAACUCUACUCUGGGAUAUGUGCAUUGAUCCAUUAAUGAAACCAAAAAUUCGGAGACUGUCUGAAACUUACCUGGAACAACUUUUUGGACUGGAUGAUCAGCUGGUGACUCCAGAAUUAAUGAUAAAAGCAUGCAAUUUUUAUAAUGGGCGUUUACUGAAGACCCACUUUUACACAUGGAGAGAGAUAGCAAUACCUCCUACAAAUGAAGAUGAAGUUCUGGCUGAAAAAAUGGGAGCAGCAAUAGUAUAUGACAAUUUCAGACUUAAAAAACAUGUAUUACACCACUGGCACUCUUAUGUGAAAAAUAGAAAAGAACAACUUAGAGACGCACUAUUGCGGAUACAAAAGAUGUUCCACUGCUACAAGAUGAUAAUUACCCUAAAUAAAUGGAGGGAUAGAGCAAGACAUAAGUUUAAAAAGAGAGAAGAUGAGCUGAUGCUAAAGCAUGAACUUCAAUUACAAAAAUUCUCCAAGUUAAAAUUCAAAACAAGUUCUAAAGAAGAACACGUUUUUCCUGAACAAUUUGUGUCUGAAGGCUUUCUUGUAGGUGGGAUUACUGAAUUUGACAUUUCACAGUUACCCAAAAGAGCAAUAUUACAGAUUUUCUCCUACCUCAGUUUAAGAGAUGUGAUCAUAUGUGGUCAAGUUAAUCGCUCCUGGUUGUUGAUGACACAAAUGGGCUCAUUGUGGAAUGGUAUUGAUUUUUCUGCAGUAAGAAAUAUAAUCACAGAUAAAUAUAUAGUGUCUAUUUUGCAAAGGUGGCGUCUAAACGUGCUGCGCUUGAAUUUUCGUGGUUGUGUUCUCCGAUUGAAAACUUUGAGAUCUGUCAGUUGGGUGAACUCUUCCAGUUCUGUUCUUCUGUAUUAUCUCAUCUACUGUUGA